AUGCCUUUUAACUCUCACGAAGGAUACAACGACAAGAAUCAUGGUCCUACAGCUAAACUGGUAUAUCGACCGCCUACUGUGCCUAUGGACUACACUGUCUUUGCAAGCACAAAUCCAAUCUCGAAAGACCAAAAUGUUGAUGAGGACUUGAAUAUAGAAUCCGUGACACUAACAAGGUUCUUUCAAAGUUACGGCUGGACAGCCUUAGCAGGACGUUUCGGAAAUGUGCCGGUUGCCUCUUUUGACACGCUAUUCUUCUUGCAUCGCUGCAAAAUCGACCGACUUGUUGCCAGUCGGCAAGCUCUUAACUUUGACAAGUGCAUGGAUAAGAUCACUGCCGACAAUGCUACAAUCCGUAACUUAUUUGGCAAAGAGCACCCCGUGAAUGGAAAGACGCCUCUUUAG